GAGAAUCGUAGAAUCGUGUUUUCAUAUAUCACAUAGUAAAUAGGGAGGUUGUGUUAGGCAUAGUUUUCAACGGCAUUUUGUCUAGUUUUCAAAGAUAUGCUUGAAUAGUUUGCAGUCUGCUCACCGACAGCAGCAGCAUGCAGGGAACGUAAAAUGUACAAUUGGGGUAAAAGUUCGCAAUGCACAGUGGGGCAAAAGUCCGCGUGCGUACUCUUACCCCAUGCAUUUUACAACAAUUAUUUUAAUGUUUUUAGUUCAUUUUAAACAAAUAUAAUGAUGUUUUUACUUUAAAAACAGGUAAAAUAGUUCAUGUAAAUUUGUCACUGAAAAACUUUUAUUGAAUACUGGUGUAUAAAAAUUAAUACCUAUUAAAAAUAAUCAUUUCAGUUGUCGACCUAAUAUCAUGGUUGAUUAUAGUAUUGUUAGCAAUAUUUUUUAUUUAUUUCACUAAUACUUAUGUUUCUCUUUUUUUUAGGAAUUAUAAGAGAAAAACGGAACGAAAACCAUGCACUCCAGAAAUGCUAGAAUCAGCCAAACAAAUGCUCGAGGCUGGACAGUCAAAACGUAGUAUAGCUCGUGAUUUGGGAAUAACGGAAGGAGCAUUGAGAAAGAGACUAAAAAUGGGAGCUGGAGUUACCAAGCUCGGGCGGUUUGUCUCAGUAUUCACAAGUGCAGAAGAAACACAACUGAAAGAACACGUCAUCGAUUUGGACUCCCAUUUUUAUGGUUUGACAUUCAAGGAUUUUCAAGGGACUCAAGUUAGUAAUCCCUUUGAUAAAGACACUAAAAUGGCUGGAAAAGAGUGGGCCUUAAGUUUUUUAAAAAAACACAAGUUAUCUCUUCGUGUACCUAAAAAAACAAGUCUUGCACGAAUCAUGGGCUUCAACAAACCUCAAGUUGACUUAUUCUUUCAAAAUCUAGAAGAAUUGAUGACAAAACAUAAGUUCCCCCCUUCAAGAAUGUUCAACAUGGACGAGUCGGGAAUUUCUACUGUGCCAAACAGAGCCCCAAGGGUGGUAUCAGUUCAAGGUAAAAAAGCUGUCGGAAAAGUUUUAUUGGCGGAAAGGGGUCAGUUGACAACAGUAAUUUGUGCAAUGAGUGCGAGUGGUAAUUUCAUUCCACCUGCUAUCGUUUUUGCCAGGAAAAGACUGAAACAAGAAUUGUUAAAUGGUGCUCCUACAGAAGCUGUCAUGUUUUGUUCAGAUUCAGGCUAUAGCAACUCAGAAAUAUUCCUAGAAUGGCUAAAGCACUUCCAAACACACAUUCAUUCUUCUAAGGACAACCCGGUGCUCUUGGUAAUGGAUAACCAUGCAUCUCACAUCAGCAUUAACGCUGUAAACUUUUGCAGGGACCAUGAAAUUUACUUAUUAACAAUUCCCCCACAUAGUAGCCACAAGCUACAACCUCUGGACAAAUGUUUUUUCAAACCUUUAAAGGACUUCUUUGCUCAAAUGUGCGACCAAUGGAUGGUGAACAAUCCAGGUCGUGUUGUAACUCAAUUUCAAAUAUCAGAACUGUUGGGUGAAGCAUACCCAAAAGCUGCUACAAUGGGUAGAGGAAUCAAUGGCUUUAAAGAAUGCGGGAUUUAUCCGAUCAAUAAAUACAUAUUCAGUGAAGAGGACUUCCUUCCAAGCUCAGUAACCGAUCAAGGUUUUCCAGUUGAACCAAUUAUAGAGGACAAUAUGCAAACUCUUCAGACACCAGCACAAAACGGAGGUGAGACACCCACAACAUCAAUGCCGAACACAGCGACUUCGUCAGCUCAAUCAACAGGAAAAAUUAUUCAGACACCAGCACAUGACGGAGGUGAGACACCCACAAAACCAAUGCCGAACACACCAUCUUCGUCAGCUCAAUCAACAAGAAAAACAUGGGUUUCUCCAGCAGACAUUAAGCCGCUCCCUAAGAGAGCCCAUAAGCAAAAGAGAUAA